GGUUUGUACAACGCCAAAUGCGAGAAAGGCAGACUCAGCCCAGAAGAGUUUACAGUCAAUGUCUCUGGUUGUAACACAGCAGCUCAACACCGGUUCCUAAGUGGCCUGUAUGGAUGGAAAGAAAUGCAGCGUGUGGAUGUUUUUACCUCUUGUGUUUACCCUGUUUACAUCAGCUGGAUUAUGGAUAGUGUAUUUUAUAGCAGUAGAAGAUAACAAAAUUCUCCCACUAAAUGUACCAGAUAGGAAACCUGGUUCCGAAAGACCACCUUAUAUAAGUAUUGCAGGUGAUGCACCUCCCGCAAGCUGCGUAUUUAGCCAAGUCAUGAACAUGGCAGCAUUUCUAGCGCUUGUUGUGGCUGUCCUGCGCUUCAUUCAGCUGAAGCCGAAGGUGCUAAACCCUUGGCUGAACGUCAGCGGCCUGGUGGCAUUAUGCUUGGUGUCUUUUGGGAUGACCCUACUUGGCAACUUUCAGCUUUCCAAUGAUGAGGAGAUCCACAAUGUAGGCACGUCGCUGACCUUUGGCUUUGGGACCUUGGCGUGCUGGAUCCAGUCUGCCCUCACCCUCAAGAUCAACCUGAAGAACGAAGGACGGAAAGUUGGGAUUCCACGAGUUGUCCUGUCAGCCAGCAUCACCCUCUGCGUGGUACUCUAUUUCAUCCUCAUGGCACAGGGCAUCCACAUGCAUGCUUCCAGGAUCCAGUGGGGCCUGGUGAUGUGCUUCCUGUGCUACUUCGGCACCUUUGCAGUGGAGUUCAGGCACUACAGAUUUGAGAUUGUUUGCUCUGAGUACCAGGAAAAUUUUCUGAGCUUUUCUGAAAGCUUAUCAGAAGCCUCCGAGUACCAGACAGAUCAGGUGUAGCCUGUCCUCUGGCAGGGGGAAGGGGGCAGGUGUGGUCUCAUGGGUUAAACAUGACCUCAUUUACACUUUUUUGAUGAGUUUGUUUUCAUGUGCAAUCAUGAUCGUAUUGCCAAAGGGCUCUGGAGGGUGGCUGUCUCAUUAAGAGCCAAACAAAAAUAGCUGUCUGCUGGAAGAGGAGUUCAGCGGCAGCAUGAGAGAGCACAAGCUGCUUUUGUGCAAGUUUGUGCUACCAGUGACUCUGAGUGGCUCUGUCACACUCCUGUUGUUGAAAACAUUCAACAGCCAGUCCCGGUGAUGCCUCUCUGAGACAGGCACUCCUCAGCCUGUUCUGCAGAGGAGGAGAUGAAGGAAAUGGACUUCUCUGGGCACCAGGAGUGUUCAGGAGUCACCAGUUCCCGAGUCACCAGACUGCAUCUUUCCUGUCUUUCUUGUGUUGUUUUCUUUGCUGCCAACUGGUGUAACUUGGUAGGGUGAGGAAUAGCGGCUCUUUCUUCUGGACUUGGAAUCAGGCAGUGGAAGACCCUAACUGACUGGGUUAGUUAGUUAGGCAGGCAUUUCUUCCAGCCUGGAAAGCAGCCAACAGUAAAGCCAGGUUUGGGAGAAACUGCUGUGAUCAGGAAGCGAGACUUGGCCGAUGCUGCCUUGUAGCUGGGCAGACCGUCCCCAGGCCAGUGGAGAUGGCACAGUAAGGUGCUGUGCUCAGCUUCGUGUUUCAGACUCAAUGGUGGGGACUGAUGGAAGCGAGGUGCUGAAUUAAGAUGGGAAUGCCUGUGUGCUCUGAAGAUGAUGCAGAAAAGGCUGCUCUUGUGUGCAGUGCUUCCACCACAUAUUGUCUGUAACAUUUCAAAAGCUUUUUUUUUUUUUGGUUCCCCAAGGGGGAAAACAUUGUGUUAGAGACACUGGGCUCACCUGCAAUGAGAACAGAACCAUUGCAGGUGGUUCUGGGCAUAAAGUUUGGUUUUGCUCCUUUGUGCACUUCAAAGUCAAACUUCAGACACACUGAUAAUAGGCCUGGGCUCUGGACCAGUUGUGUGUGGCCAGUUGUCCCGAGUGGAGUCUGCCAUGGCUUUAAGUGGGCUUCCAAGGUUCUGCCCCAGAGGUUGGGUGAUGUGGCCUGAGGGCUGGAGGUGCAGGAAGGAAGCAGCAAAACCAGAAGGGCUUCUCCCUCUCUGAAGGGAAAUUUUCAAACAGAAGGUCUGUUUUCAAAGAAAAAGCAGAAGCUCAAAGCCCCUGUUUGAAAACCUGAUUUUGGGAAGGCUGCUGUAUUGGCUGGGCAGGGGAGCAAUGGGAGCUGCUUCUCAUGAACAUGGCUCCUGUUUGCCUCCAUGAGUCAGGUUCAGCUUGGCUUUGCAUCUUGUUUGAGCUGCAGGAAAAUAAGCAGAAAUUAAAACAGUGGCAAAAGGCAUUUGAAGGAGAACUCAUACCACACCAUGGCAUUUCUGACAGAGAGGGAAAAGACACAAGGGCAUUCGGUCUUCACCAAAGGUCCGAGGCCUCUCCUGAAAGGAGAAACAGUUGAGAAAAACUUCUGCCAAAACUAGUGUAAGUAGAAUGUUGUCAGCUAGCCCUCUAUUGUUUGUGGGCCAAAAUUUGUUCUCAGGCAGCUGUGUUAUAAAUCCAGAGCAUCUCUACCCAACAGUGUUGUUGUUAGACUGCUGAAGGCCUCCUCCUUGUAGCUGUGUCAUUAGUGGGAAGCUUUCCUGGAGGCAUGUGCUGAGGGCGGCCCAAGGGCAUGGCAGUCUAAGGUGCAGGGCUCCCCAGCAGCGCAU